AUAAAAGAGCCAUGUACUGCUGUUGGCCUGAAAGUCGCUUAUUUUUUUUUUCUUUCUUGUACAUUAAUUUUAACCGCAGAUGAAAUUAUGCCCAAGGUAAGCAACUUACUGCGAAAUGGCUUCCACCACCAACGGUCAAGGUAUCAUCGUGCGUGGUCGACUCCUACUGGUAUCGGGGAUGAUCUUUACCACCGAUCGCCCCCCACAGCAACAGUCCACGACACUAGGGUGUGGAAAACCGUCAUGGACCACUUAGAUAUCCACAGUGACAUUCUACAUCGCCAGCGACGAGACACAGAUAAGAGAUUUGUUAUGACAACCAUUGAUGAUAUCAUGGCUGAAGUGACAGAUGCCCUGGACAGAGCAACCACCACUUUGGCAGAAGGUUCCAUCCAUCUGAAGCAUUCUUCCCCGGAUCUUGUCCGGUGCAAGAUGGCAGAUGGCAUCCCUGAGGAACUGCUCUUCAGCCUUGAGGACGAAGGAGAGAUGACCAUUGAUAUUAGCCCAGGAAGUUCCAACGAUUCCUCCACACUCAAGGGCUCCUCAUCAGUGACAUCUAGCGACACACUUGUAGCACCAUGUGAUGGUACAGAGGAAUGGGGGAUGGAUGGGUAUAAAUCUGAGAUUCUAAGUCCUCCCAUGGACUGCGAGAAGUUGCAAGGUAAAGGGUCUCCAGGGAGGGGUGAUUCGGGGAGCGAUGGAAGGGCGGAGAAUCAGGAAAGUCAAAGAGGAACAUGGAGAGAUGCCAUCUGCUUCAGACAGUACCACAGGUACAGGUUAAACCAUCCAAAAAUGUCUUGGAGGAGAGCCCAUGAAUCGCUGAGAAGAAGAAGAAUAUGGAACAGCAGGGGGAGGUACGGGCGAGAUAGUCGGCUAUGGUCACCGCAACUCAACGUUUCCUGGACAAGCAUUGAGGAAGAAAUCAAGAAACAAGGAUUGCUUUCGUCACCGUUGAAUUUGACAACUUUGGUAUCUCCAGUGUACCUCCCUAUGGCUGUUGAUACGACAAAUGAGGAGGAAACAGCGAAAGAUGUGGCAAAGAGAUUGCAAAAGACGGAUAGGAAAAGCUUCGAUGUGCACAAAACGCAAGACAGAAAACAGGGAAAAGAAAUCGUUAUUCCGAACGAUCGCAACCACAAAUCUGCAUCGCAAGACAAGCAAGGUAAGCAGGAAAACUCUGCAUUGAAAGUAAAACUUCCAUCAGAAUCUCAUCACACCAAAGAUUCAUCUACCAUCUCAGCAGCUUGUCAAGUUGGUGGAAAGAGGCACAAAAACCAAGGAAACAACGCAGCUAAGCAAACAAGUAAGAACGUCCGAUGUAUCAACGCUUCGGCCAAAGAGAACGUGGCUGAAGCCAAUGCUAAACUCGCGUCCCUCAUGGAACAAUACGUCAAAGCUGAACCAUUCGUGCCAAAAAGUAAACCCUUGCCAAAGGCUUCAGACUCAGCGUGUAGACGUGGUAAGGAUACAACUAUAACAACAAAAAUUGGCGGGAAAGAAAGCAUUUCUCGGAACCAAAACGUGGCGCAAAAGAAGAGGGACGUUCUUGCAAAGGAAAAACGCACAGAAGGAAAAGAGAAGGAUUGCUUGAAACCAGUACAAGAAAACAAUGAAGGAGAGUUGCGUGUGCCGAAAGAGCGGAGAGGCACACCAAAGCCACCGAACCAGAAAGCAGAGACAUUUCGGAGUGAGCAACAUCCGAUUCCUGUCAUCGAGCAAGGAGUGGUCCAUCAUCGACAUCAGUCUCCUCCAAGAACCCAACAAACAACAGAAGGCAACAACCGAAACACAGGACCGACGGUAGACGGAGAUAUCCAGGCAACUUGUGACAACAGUGAGAAGCUCAGCAGUCUCCCAGACAAGGAACUCUCUGGAAGACUCCUGGUGGUGCCACAUCCAGGAGGACAGCAGGAGGUUGGAUCUGCAUUUCAUACUCACCAGAUGCCACACCAGCAAGCAAGUGGGCCGCCACUUCGUCAAGAGCAGGUGAUGUCGAGUAUUGAAGCGGGUUACGGACGAGGAGGUGCGCCGCCCGGUAUCCCUGCCCCCGCUCUGUGGCACCCACGUCCCGGUACUGCAGCGGCUGUCUCGGCGUUCCGUCAUCGACACCCUGGACCUGGUAUUCCGCCACAGAUUCCCAACCAAGUCCCUUACAUUAACUUACCUCUUGCCAAUUGGACUACGAAUAGGUUUCCGAAUCCCCAGCAUCCUCGUCAGCAUCACCCCAUGCAAGGAAUGCCGAAUCACGUACAGCAACCAUUCGUGAAUGGUCGACAUCCACCGGACCAGGUUUUGCCGAUGAUGCACCCGCAACAGGCAUUUGUAAACGGGCGCCAACAGGAGCCAAUGCCGGCCAAGCAGCCGGAGCAGUCAUUUGGGAACAAUCAACAGCAAGGUCAACUUCAAAUGAUGCAGCUACAACAGUCAUUCUUAAACGGGCGUCAGCAGGACCAGAUAACACAGCAACCGUUCGUAACCGGGAAUCAGCAAGAUCAAAUCCCGAUGAUGCAGCCUGCGGCACACGGACAGCCUCAACCGAUCGUUAUGCUAGAAGAUCCGUGCAUUUUGUUCGCCCAGCGGAACCAAUUUCCACAAAAUGGCCAAAACAACAACAAUACUAGGAUUAGAUGCCAGCCGCGUCCACAAGAAUCUACCAAUCAGCCGCAACUCAGCCUACAGAAUGCACAUCAACUAAAUCUCCAGGGGCAACAUUAUCAUCGGAAUACUCAACAGCCGUUCCCGAAUAUCCAGUAUCAACAAGCCAGCAAUCACUACAGCCAUGCAUCACAACUUCAACAACAACAACACUACCAACAACAACACCAACAACAACAUUAACCGCAGUAGCAAAAAUAACUAUUCCAACAGCAUAACAGCCAAGGAGUAACCGUUUCGGUUGGCGCGCCAAGGCUUAUUGCAUUAUUUACUGCAUGAAAAUAUUUACUUUUCAGACCUAUUGUAAACAUUUGAGAUCUGAAAGAAGAAACCCUGGUUGGAAAAAAGUCAUCGAACAUUUUGAGGUACGAAUAGAGUGCAUGUAGAGGGGAGACUUGUCUCUUGUAAAUGAAGUGACGACGAAAUGCACAAACCAGAAGCAGAGUCGAUUUUUGCGCCUCAGUGCCCUUUACGAAAUUGAGUGGGGGCAAAACUGAUUAAUCAAGUGUAAAGUACCUUUGGAUUUAUACCUUUUGGACCAUACAUACCGGAGUAAAUUAGUAACGCGUACUGAGCAUGCUCUGCGUAAACGUGCACAUACUUGCGUGCCUCAUGGCGCGCCUAUGCGGUGAGUACCAAAAAAACACGCCCUCUUUUGUUCCGCUCGGAGCAGAUAAUGGAGAUCAGUGGUGUAGAGUGCAUAUAUAAUUAAAAUAGUGGGAUAUUUAAAUUGUACAAUACCAAGGGUAUUACGCAAGGCAUGGUGGGAACCAACAUAGUGCGGCAAGAUCGUACCCAUGGGAAUGUGGCUGGUUACGGGAGUGACCAUGCAACAGGUACAGCCCCCUCAAUGUCCAGAACUGUCACGUGUUCUCUUGAGUCUAUCACACCCAAGUAUUUACCUUGAGUGUUAUUUCCGGUUGUAAUGUUUUAUUAUUACGUUGUUAGGACUUCAUUUAUAACUAAAUGCAUCAUACCAUAGCUUCGAACUUUUAAAUAGUCUUUGUCAAGUUUAAAGUAUUUAUCUGGAUUAGCCUCAGGACAUUAUCCUCUGAUUCCUACUAAUUUUCCUACACAUUUUUACAAUAAGUAUUCAAAACAUGUCACUUUUGGGCGGACCUUGUACAUAAUUGUGUAACAGGCUGUGGAGAGAGUAGAAGAAAAUCAAUGUUCGUUUCCACGCAUUUUUCUUAUUUCAUUAAAUAAAACAAAAAUUGGUA